CAGGAGCUCUUCCCUGCUCCCUCGCUCUCUUGUUCGCUCACUGGCUCCUCUGCUCCUCUCCUGGCGCCUGGCUCCCAGAAGCUCCCCAUCCAGACUCCAGACUCGGAAGAGGCGCUGUCCCUUCAGCACCAGCAGCCCCAGCUGAGGAGGGAGCCCCCCCUCCUCUUCAAAUUGGCUGGGAUCAACUCGGACCCCCCAAGAGUGCCAUACAGUCUGGGAAGGAAGGCGGAAGGAUGGUGAAGCUGAACGGUAAUCCCAGCGAGAAGGUUGCCAAGCCACCCUUGGUGGAGGAUGGCUUCCAGACUGUGCCCCUCAUCACGCCCUUGGAGGUCAACCACUUACAGCUGCCGGCUCCAGAGAAGACUAGAGAAGAGCCAUGGUCUGAAGUAGGCAGUGACUCUUGGGUUGUCUGCCUCCAGGUUACCAUCCUUGUCAGCCUGGCCCUUGCGUUCCUUGCCUGCAUUGUGUUCCUGGUGGUGUACAAAGCCUUCACCUAUGAUCACAGCUGUCCAGAGGGCUUUGUCUACAAGCACAAGCGCUGCAUCCCGGCCUCCCUGGACGCCUACUACUCCUCCCAGGACCCCAGCUCCAGGAGCCGCCUCUACACAGUCAUCAGCCACUACAGUGUGGCCAAGCAGAGCACCGCCCGGGCAAUCGGGCCCUGGCUCUCGGCCGCCGCCGUCAUCCACGAGCCCAAGCCGCCCAAGACCCAGGGCCACUAAGGCCCAGCCCAGGCUAGGGUGGGGGGCUGGAGAGGGGCACCCCCUUUUGGCUGAACCAAGCUCCAGUUACAAGACAACUCUGUACUCCUGGGGUGGGGUGGGGCAGGGGCG